AUGCCGACUUCGAAACCACAACUACAUACUUCCUAUCAAGCAACCAUUCUGUUUCCGAGAGUUACAAUGCCAAUACGCGGCGAGUUCCAGCCAUGUUUCUCCUAUCCAACUCUGGACAAAUGUUCUGAUGAGAUCCGACUUUGCAAGAUUCAAAAAGCUCCACCAGAUGCACCCAUAAGACUAGAGCUGUUUACAGUAUCGCUUAGCGAUGAUAACCUUCGCUAUCACGCUUUAUCGUAUAUGUGGGGUGAACAUGGGGAUAGAUGGAUUUAUGUCAACAAUACCGCCUUUAUAAUUCGUCCAAAUCUGCUGGCUGCUCUAAAAGCAAUACGCAAACUGAGUGAGGAUACUGUUCUCUGGAUUGACGCUAUUUGCAUUGAUCAAUUAGCGGUUUCAGAGAAGAACCACCAGGUUAGCCGUAUGGGGGAAAUAUAUCAGAAUGCCAUGGAAGUUUUUAUAUGGCUGGGAGAUGGGAGUAAUACAACCGACUCAUUACUCGACGACAUAAAUAAUCAAAAAGAAGUGUCCCCUACAGCGCUUAAUGAUAUUCUAGAAAGAUCCUACUGGAAACGCCUCUGGAUACAGCAGGAAGUGACGCUCGCUAAGCAUAUUCGUGUUUUUUGCGGCUCGAAAUCCGUUACCUGGGACACCUUAGCUUCCUUGAUAGCGGCUCGAAAAGACCCACUGCAGAGUAAAGGUGCAGAAUUUCAAUCUCGCCCUCUGUAUGACAGUGAAGCACGUACCCUGCUGGAAUAUAGAAAAAAACUCUGGGGUGAUGAGUCGCUAACGCUCUUAGAGCUUCUGGCACAUUCUAAUACAUCAGAGUGCUUUGAUUGCCGUGACAAAGUGUUCGGAUUACUGUCAAUAGCUUCCGAUUGCAAACAGCUUCGGGCUGAUAUGGUUGACUAUUCGCUGGAUCCUGUUGGCUUGUUUCUCGGGGUCAAACGGUUUUACUUUCAGAAGCAGUCUCCUUUCGUGGUCAAUAUGCUUCUUCAAACAAAUCUGAGAAUCAAUAUUCACCGCUUCUUGCAAGCGGAAGAUUUUACUACAUGGUCGAAAAGGAUUGUCGCCUUGCAACCUGGCACAAAAUUGGGUUCUAGGUCAUUCUUUUUUGAGAGAGCAAGCGUACUUUCAGCUCGAAUUAUAGAUUUCUACCAAGAUCCAGGUCUUCUAGAUAUAUUCUCGUCAUCUCAAUCACUUCAACCCGCGUAUUGCUGUCUCGAAUCUGGUUCCGAGAUGCAAAUUCUUAAUCGAGGAAAGGGGAAAGUGUCCGAAUUCAUAUGCAGCAUUCCGGAGACCGAUGUGUUUCUGAUUUUUCGCUAUUCCGGUACUUUUCUACUCUUGGAAACAGUCACGCGAAACAAGUCAACGAGAAGCCCAAUCCCUGCUUACCGGCUCUGCGAAGCGAUCGGCACCGGGCUCCCUACAGUCAAACAAUACGUGGACCUCGCGAUGGGAAUUAUCUGCAACCCGGCCGUUUUAAAGCUCUCCCCAAACCAAUAUCUAAGAGACUUUUCGUCACUUUAUGAAAGCUAUUUCGCUGCCCAUAAUGCUAUAGGCACGAAUUUAGCCAAGCUAGGGAUUCCAGAGAGGGAAGAGCUAAUUUACCUAUACAACCCGCCACAUUUCGUUUGGGCUAUUAUCUUCGAGGAAAUUAGAAAGUGUCACAAAGUAUGUUACUAUUCCUGUGUUGCUCUUUUACAUGCUUAUUUCGUGCCGCCUCCUAACUCAUGGGGCUUUACUUUUGAGGAGUGGGAUGGGCUAUCCUAG